AUGAAGGAAACAGAUAAAAUAAAGAGCGAGGUUUUAAAUUUAAUGAACUUAGAUGGGAAAAGGGAACAUAUAAAUAAAAACAACAAGCUUUACAGAAAAGUUAUUAUAAAUCCAACAUCAGAAGAUGAUUUGCAAAAGUUUUGUAAAAACUACUUUAGAAUAUAUCAAUUUUCGUUGUAUAAUUUUAUAAGAAGAUUGAUAUCACUCGAUGCAGUUAUAGUUUACACUGUAUUUAUGACGGUGUAUAUUUUUUCGGAAAUAAGCCAUGGAAUAACAAAACAAUAUCUAUUUCUAGACACAGCUAUUUCGCUUUUGCUAAACAUUGGAAUUUUAGUUGUUAUAGAAAGUCUUUUUGAGCUUAAAUUGCUGAAGGACAUAAAAAAUGCUAAUUCACAGACCUACCUUAGAAUAGUACCGAAAAUGUCGUAUUUUGAAAAGGUUAUGACCAAAGAUAUAAAAGUUGGAAACAUAAUUAGGGUAUUUCAAGGUGAAGAAUUUCCUGCAGAUGUUGUUAUACUUUAUUCUAAAAAGAAUACAAAUGCAGUUGUUGAUUCAUUUAAAAUUGAUGGAUUAUAUAAUAAAAGCAUAAAACAUCCUGUUGAAAAAUAUAAAAUCGAUAGAGAUUAUCUAAAAAUGCUGUCAGAAAUAAAUGGUGUUAUAAAAUGUGAAUUACCUAACAAAAAUGUAUUUUGCUUUCAAGGGACUUAUAAGCUCGACAAACACCCAAGAUCAUUACAUUUGAGUUAUGAAAACUUUGCUCUUCAAUCCUCCAUUUUAAAGGGAGCCGAAUAUAUUGAUGGUGUAGUUGUAUAUACAGGCGCAGAUACGAAAAAAAAUUUGAAUAUACCCCGUAAAAUCGAAGAAAAUAUGACAUUUUGCAUAAAAAUGAAUAAUGUUGUAUAUUACUUAAUAUUUAUGUAUAUAUUUUUUGUCGUAUUAAGUAUUAUAUUAAAAGCCACAUUUUACCGAAAAGGGAAAUUACUAGAAAAUCCGAAUGACACAUUUUUUACUAUUAUAGAAGAUUUUAUUGGUUUAUAUAUAUUAGUUUUGCCUGUCAUGCUAUAUUCAGAAAAAAGUUUAAUAUACAUAAUUCAAAGCUUAAAAAUAGAAAGGGAUGCAAGAAUGAAUCACGAUGAAAAUAAUAAUAAUACAAAAGUUUUUAACAAAAAUAAAAACGACACACUUGGUACAGUUGAUAUUAUAGCUACUGCAAGAAACGGAGUUCUUGUGAACAAAAAAGAGAUACUAGUUUCUUGUACUAUUAAUAAUGUUUUAUAUUCAAAAAAAAAUUUCAUAAUAUCCGAUGAAUUUUUAAAAUUACCAAGCCUGAAUAUACUGGAUGCGGAAAGAACAAAUGUAUCCGAACUAUUAAAUUUAGACGAACGGAUUUUCAAAGACCCAGAGAACAUUUUUUUCCCUUCUCGAGAUUUCAAUAAUUUUUUUAAAAUUCUUGGGAACAAUAUAAAUCCUAUUUAUGAUCCGAUUAACGAUGAUUUCUCUAAAAUACUUAAGGAAAUAUACGCGAAUUAUUUAAAUGACGAACUUUUGUACAAAAAAGUUAAACUUUCAUCAUCUGUAAAAUCACUAUUAGACAAUGGAUACAAUUAUUUUUCGGAAAAUUGUGAAAGCAGCUAUGAUUGUAAAGAGAUAAUAGAUGAUGGGAUAAAAAACAAUGAACAGUCAGAAAAAAUAGAGGAGUUUAUUUUGGGAGUGUGCGCAUGUAAUAGAAUAAUUAUAUAUAAUGAGAAAUUUGGUGAUAUUGAAAUGAAAGAUAAUAUUAAUGAGAAAUCAAAUUCUGAGCAUAUUAAGUAUGGUAAAAAAAGUGACGUAGAAAAUAUCGAGAAUGAAAAUAAAUAUACAGUAGAUUCUGAUGGCGAAGAAAAUAUGAAUACAAUAGAACAUGAAGAUAUAUGCUUAUAUAAUACUUCAAAAAAAAUAGGUUUUCAUAUCUACUGCUAUAAGAAGCGUCUAUUUUUUUAUAAUUUAAAAAACAUCUGUAAAGAGUAUUACAUAAUAUGUUUUCAUGAUUUUUUAAGAAGUAACAAUUAUACUAUAUGUAUGCUAAAAAACAAAAAAGAAUUAGAUAAAGGGAUAUUAUAUAUACGUGGUUAUGAUUUUAAUAUUUUACCAUAUUUAUGUAAAAAUAAGAAUGACAUAAAUAAGAUUAAAAAGACGAUAAAAUUACACACCGCUAAUUAUUUAAAAGUUAUAUUAAUAUGUAAAAAAAAUAUUACUAAUGAAGAUAUUGCAAAAUAUAUUUAUUUAAAAAGUGUUAGAGGCAAAGUUUCUUUCAAGUUUUUUGAUAUAAUAAAAACAUUUUUUUUAUAUGAUUUAGAAUGUAUCGGCAUUAUUGGCUUAAAAAAUGAUUUAAAUGAUGGUGUAGUCGAAACAUUUAAAGAUAUCAAUAAUUUUGAUAUUAGAACAUGGAUAUUUACUAAUGAUUCUUCUAAAAACACUUAUUUGACAGCUUUACAAUGCAAUCUAAUUAUUCCAAAUUCAAAUUUAUUCUUAGUUAAUUUCUUGAACCCAGACUAUUCUGAUGAAGAAACACUUGCUAAUUAUUUAUUCACCAAUUUCCUUCUUUCUAUGGAAAAUAUGAAAUCUCGUUCUUAUGCUAUUGCAAUAAACGAGAAUAGUCUGAAGAACAUCAUGCAAAAUAGACAUGCGCUGAAAAUAUUCUUAUGCAUAAUAAUGCGAGCCACUGUUGUAUUAUUUUGCAAAUUAAAUAAUGAAACAAAAGGAAGGAUUAUAAGCAAAUUUAUUUCUUAUACAACCCCUAAAUUGACAAUACUAGGAGUUGGGUCAACAUUGAAUGAUGCACAUCUCUUAAAAAACACUACAAUAAGUGUAUGUUUGACUUUGAACAAACAAGUUAAUGUUCUUUAUAGUAUCUCAGAUUAUGCAAUGGAGGAAUUCAAAUAUGUUGGAGAGCUUCUCAUAUUAGGGAGAUUGAAUCGAUUUUCUCUAUGUAGAGGAUUUCUAUGGAUAAUAUACCUGAAAGUUAUGAUUGGCUCUUUUUAUUUCUUCCAUAAUUUUGAUAAUUUUUUUUCUGGGUCUUCUAUUUCAUCAAUAUUAUAUUCCCAAACAACCUUCGGAAUCUUUCAUUAUUCCUUAAUUGUAGCUUUCGCAUCAUACGAAAUUGAUCUUCCAUACAAGUUUAUCAGAAAUUUCCCAUAUAUUUAUCAGCUAGCAAGAAGAAAAUAUUUUCUUAACAACACCAUAAUAUUUUUAAACAUAAUCGAAUCGAUACUUGCUUCCUUCAUUUCUUAUUACAUAUUACGAGACAGUUCGUUUAAUUUAAUUACACAUCGAAAAUUUACCUUCCAUAUGUUUGUUUUAAAUUUUUUUUUAAUAUCUGAAAAAAUUCUAUUAUUUUCAAAAACAUGGCAUAUAUUUUUUUUUAUCAUGACCAUUGUUAUUGUUUCGAUUUUAUUUAUAUAUAUAAACAUUUAUACCUUAGUUGAUUGCUUAGUAACAGGAAAAUGUGAAUUUAGCCUCUUUGAUUCCGAAGAUUCAUAUUUUUGGAUAUCUCUCCUCCCCAUACUAUACAUUAACUUUAUCAUAGACAAGUUCAUGAAGUUUAUAAAGAACAAAAUAUACCCAGAUAUAACCGAACAAUUACCCAGCACACUGAAAAUCGGAACACAAGAAAAAUGUGCUACUAAUAACAAAGAGGAAAAAGUAAUAACUGAUAAAAACAUUGGAAAGUUGGCACCAAUUCCCAAAAGUUAUAUAAUAAAAGAAGACAAUACAUAUUAUGGGAAAUCUAAAAAAAAUAAGUAUAUUUUUGAUACUUUACGAAAGAUAAUAGAUAUAAAAAUAAAGUAUAGAAAUCAGCAACUAAACUUAGAAUAUAAAACAUAUGAGAAAAGAAAUAAAUUAAAGUUAAGGAUAAUCAUAUUAUUGUUAUUUAUAAUAUUUUUGGUAGCAUUUACAAUACAAAUCAUCAUAUCUAAAUCUAUUGAAAGCAACUUGCAUUAUAUAUCGUAUUUAACAGUAAUAUAUUAUAUAGUUGCAGUAUUAUAUUUAAUUAAGAUACUAGUUAUAAAUAAAACAAAUCAUACUUAUUUUUUUAUUAUUGGUAAAUUACUAUUAGUAAUAGGUUUUUUGUUAGAAAUGUCCGAGAAUUCGAUUAAUAAUGUAAUUAAUAUGCUAGUAACAUAUUCUUUUACUGUUUGCUAUAUAUUUUUUAUAUCUUUUAAAAUAUUAGAAGGAUUAUUAAUGAUCAUAACUAUUUUAUUCGUAUCAAUAUGGAUAUAUUACCAUAAAAACAACCGUUUAAGCGCUAUGUGCACUGAUUUUUGUGACAAUCCAUAUGCUAGUCUAGACUAUUUAGAAUAUAUAAAUAUAUCGUGUAUAUGUAAACAACAAAUUUUUACCUUUUUAAUUUGUAUGUUAAGUUUUACAUUAAUUUGUCUAUUUAUGAAAUAUUAUGAGAUAUAUUAUUUAAAAAAAAAAUUUUUAACAAGAUAUAAGCAAAAAGUUAAUUUAGGUAAGCAAAUUGAAAUUUUGCAUACUAUGCUGCCUAGCUUUUUAGUCGAAUAUUUAUUAGUAAGUGAUCCUAAAGCAGAUGGUAUUAUGGUGGGAAAAAAUAUUUCCGGAGAAGAUCGAGGGAUUAUAUCUGUCAUCUUUUGUGACAUUGAUGAUUUUCAAACUAUGGUAUCUACAUUAGAAGCACAUACUUUAGUACAGACAUUGGAUAAUUUAUAUUUAUAUUUUGAUAAAUGUAUAAAAUAUUUUAAUUGUAUAAAAAUAGAAACAGUAUUCGAAUCAUAUUUAGCUGCAUCUGGUCUAAGCGAAAAGAAAAAUAAUUCUGUACAUAAAAUUAAAUAUGAUACAAAAUGUGCAAUCAAAAUGGCUAUUGCUCAACUUAGUGCUAAAUAUUAUAUAUCAUAUAAGGUAUUGGACACAUUAUCAAAUAACAAAGAUACAAAUAGUAUUUUCCAAACGGAAAAUAAAUAUAUCUAUAAAAAUAUUAGUUUAAGAAUAGGUAUACAUACAGGAAAAGCAAUAAGUGGAGUUAUUGGAUCUGUUAAACCACAAUAUUCGCUUUUUGGUGAUACUGUUAACACUGCAUCGAGAAUGAAGUCUACUUCAUUAAAGGACCAUAUACACGUUUCAUAUGAUACAUAUAAAUAUCUAAAGGAUGAUAAAACGUUAGUGUGGAAAGAAAGAAGUAUAUUCAUAAAGGGAAAAGGGGAAAUGAAAACAUAUUUACUGGUUGAUAUUUUAGAUGACUCCAAAAAGGAUCGUAGAAAAGCGUUGACAGAAUCUACUUCUUCUAUAUUUAGAACCAGUGAUGAAAUAGAAAAUGAGAGCGAACUCAUAACUAAGGAGAAAGAAAUGGAUAAAACAGAGGUGCCUGAUAAAGGUGAAAUACUCGAUGAAACUAAAGAAAUAUUUAAAAAAACGGAAAAGCCGAGCACGAAAAAGAAAAAGAUUAAAAAAGAAAAUAUUGAGGAAAAACAUAUAAAUACAAAAAUGAAAGAAAUGGGAGAAAUUUUAAAUAGCUAUGAUAAAGAAGAAAUUUAUAAUUGUAACAAAAGUGACGAUGGGUCAAAUAGUAUAAGAAAAAAUGAUUUCUUACACAGUUCUAAAAAUUAUAACUAUAAAAAAUCGAAAUAUUUAGAUCUAGAACGUUUUUCAACAAAUAAAAGCUUUAGAAGAAAUGUAUUAGCUUAUAAUUUUGAAUCUCCUAUAAAUCCACCACGAAAAAUGGAAGAUGACCCAAAAAUAAAAUAUGAUUCUGAUCAUUUCUUUACCUCGCCAUAUGCUGUAGACAAAAAUGAAAAAGAUGAAAUAUAUGACACACCAAUCAAGGAAUCAUAUAAAAAAAAAAGCAAAAAUAUAAUAAACAAAAUUAGAGAAGAUUCCAUCGACUUUAAAGAUGAGUUUAGUAAAGAAAAUGAUAAAAUAAAAGAAUAUAUAAAAGAAAGAAUAAAUUAUCGGCAAAAAGUGACCCCCAAUUAUUUUAACUUUAACAAUAUGUCUAAAUAUUCCAACGCAUUUAAGAAAAAAAAAAAAAAAAAAAAGGACAUAGAAAAAAAAUAUACAUAUAGACAAAAAACAAGCUUUUAUAAUUUUUUAAAUAAAAAUGAUACUGCCAAUUAUAACUAUUCUAGUGAAUUCGAAUAUUUUAUUGACCCCAAAUUGAAAAAUAAAAAACCUAUAAACUUCAACAAUUUGUUCGCAAAAAUAUACAAAAAAAAGCAAAGUUUACUUAAUGCUAAAACUGGAGAUAUUAAUAACAAAAAAAAAAUUACUCGAACCAGAAGUAGAGAUAGAAUUAUUUUUUCAAGUCGACGUGAUGAGGAACACGAUGGCAACCAAAAAAUGAAUAAAAAAUUAUUUUCUCAAACUUAUGCUCAGAAGGCAGAGCAAGCUUCGAAUGAAAAUAAUGACAUUCCUUUAAAAAAAGAAGACAUAGAAAAAAAAUUAGAAUAUGAUUCCAAUGAAAAUAUUAAAAAUGAGUCCCCAAAAAAUGAAGAUAAAAUGAUGUUGAAGAAAAGAAUGAUAUCGAAAAGAAUCAGUUUUUACAGUUUGAAAGAAGAUGAAAAAGGGGAUAGUUUCAAAUCGUCUGAUAAUAGUUCUUGUGGUAUUAAAUCUAAAAAAUCGAGUAGUGUAGGUGAUGAAGAAAUGAAUGAAUAUUUUAAUUACAACAAUGAGGUUAACAGUAACCAAAAUCAAAACAAAAAUAAAAAUAAAAAGAAUAAAGAAAUUUCAUUAGCGUCCAAAGUAAAUAAUAUAUUUAAAAAUAUCUUUAAAAAGAAUUAUAUAAGCGAGAAAUUAAAAUCAGGAAAAUACAACACAAUGUCUAAUUCCAAAUCAGGGCAAACAAAUACAAUGGCAGAUAAUAAAAAAAGCCAAAUUAAAAAAAAUGGAGAAGUAAAUAAAACAAACACAGACGUAAGCAAUAAAAACUCUGAUUUUGUAACUAAUUUUGAUAAUUAUAACAAGAACAUUUUAAAAAAAUUAACAUCAACUUUGCAAAUAAAUAAAAAGACAAGCUAUUUUAAUCGGUUUUAUUACAAAUUUAAAGAUGAAGAACUGGAGGAAGAGUAUACAAAAGAAUAUUACCGAGAAAUAAUAAAUAUUGAUUUAACAAAAAAAUUAAUAAUUAUAUUUGUAAUAUCAGAAUUAAUAUUAAGUUUAUGCAACGUUAUAGAAUUAUCAUAUUAUGAGCAUGAGGGAGCACCUAAUGAUUUUAUUGUAAUUAUAUGGUUGAUUAGAUCUAUAUAUUUGUUUACAAUAACAUUUAUAUGGCUUUUAUUAAAAACAAAAUUAAAAGAAUAUAAAGAUAAUUCAAGUAAAAUGAUGUGGACUACAUUUAUUUUGAAUAUAUUUUUAUCAUCUUGGGGUAUUAUUAUGAUAGAUCUUGCUUGCAUACAUUAUAGUAAUUUAGUUGGGAACUCACGUGAAAGAUCGAUAUUUUUUAUGAAAGACGCAACAGAAUUAAUAAUUUCUAUGCAACUAAUAUUUGUUAAAAAUAUGUUAUUUAAACAUAAAUUUUUUUUCUUUGUAUUUUUUUUUGUUUUCUUUAUAUAUUCAUUUUAUAAAUUGUUUGUUAUACAUGUAUCUCAAUUAAGAAUAUGCUGUAGUAUACUAUUAAUUCUUUCCAUAAAUAUUUUAUACUUUUGGUAUUCAGAAUAUCUAGAUAGAACACAAUAUAUUAUAAAAAGAAAAAGAAAUAGAAUGGAAAAAACUUCACAUGAUUUCUUAACAAGAAUUUUACCAAGACAAGUCUUAGAGGAAUAUCAAAAUGAUAAUUUACAAUUGACGUAUAAGCAUGAAAAAAUUGCAUUUUUAUUUGCGGAUAUUGUAGGAUUUACAAAAUGGAGUAAAACAGCAGCCCCAAAAAAUGUUUUAAAAUUAUUACAAAAACUUAUAUCCAAAAUUGAUAAAGAUACAAUAAAGUUAGGAUUGUAUAAACUUUUUACAAUUGGCGAUGCAUAUGUAGCUACUAGCCAACCAAAUGCAUCAAUAACUGAUCAAACAGAAGCAGCUGAUGGAAUAAUAAGCAUUUUUAAAUUAGCAAAGCUUAUAUUGCAUAAUAUUAAUACUAUUAAAAUACAAUUUAAUAAACAUGACUUCAAUAUGAGAAUAGGGUUGCACUAUGGCUCAUGUGUUGGAGGAAUUAUAGGAUCAGUAAGAAUACGAUAUGAUAUGUGGGGUUUGGAUGUAUUAAUAGCAAAUCAGAUUGAAUCCAAUGGUAUACCUGGUGAAAUUGUAUGUUCAGAGCAAUUUAAAAAUUUUUUCUUGGAAACCGAACCAAAUGCGAAAUUAAAUUUUUGGCAUUAUAAAACGAUAUCGAUAAACGAUAAAGACAUCAAAAUAUAUGUUGUAGAGGAUAAAAAUUAUGAGGAAAAUUAUGAUCCAAAAGUUAUAAACUACGAGACAUUAUUGAAGCUUCGAGAAAAAACUAAAGAAAAUGAGUAA